CGGAGUGUUAAAAGAUCGAAGCGACCGUUUAGCGUAUGGAGGGCGCGAUUUAAAAUUCGCGCUCGAUCAUAGCACGGUAGAUCGAUACGCGGGUGGAGUGUAAAUGCGGGAGAGAAAAUUGCGCAGCAGCAAAAUGACGUUUCGCAAGAAGGUGCACAACCGAGCCCGAUAUAUUCGUGGUGUUGUGUUGCAUAAUGUAAAUUAUAAGAGAUAUAAUUCAAUGAUGACGAUAAUAACGGAGGGAAACGUAGUUGACAGCGAUUUCGCUCAAUCAUCAUUCUGUCAGAGAAUAUACGACGCUCAGAGAAUUUUUAAAAUAUUGUUGAUCAAAGGAGGAGCAAGAAAUUAUGCGAAUUUGAAAAGAAAUUCGUUGUUAGAACAGAUUAUUACGGAGAAAGAGAAAAGCAAAACAAGAGAAACAAGAGUACAGGAAAUAGAAAUAUACGAAGCAAAAGAAACAAAUAUAUGUGUAAUUGGCAGUGAAAUAUUAAAUUAUCCGAUGAAUUAUCUUUAAUAGAUAAGAUUUUGUAAAAUAAAAGGCUUUGUAAGGUAAAAUUGCGAAAUGGAAGCAGAACAUUAUAAUUUCAAAGACUUACAAAGUAUUAAAUAAAGAUUUCAACAUAGUAUAAUUUCUUUGUCAACAAUGCAUAGCUCAUUAACCUCAUUUAAGUAUUGUAUAUAGUAGUAUCAUAUACGUCAGUCCAUAAGUAUCAUAUAUGUUAUGUAUCGCACA